AAUUCAUUUUAGAAAAAUCAUUGAAAAAAUAAGGGGGGAUUUUCUGACUCGGGUGUCAAUGCGAGGCUAGUAAACAACAGUUUCCUAGCAACUUGUGAACCAAGUUUGCUCGUAGCAACCCGAACACAAUAAUCGCAGACACGAAGGGCAGGGAAAUCAUCGAAGAAGGACGCGAAAUCUGGAGCCAUGUAUUUCGAUGAAGAAAGCAUAUAUAACUUAAUACCAAAAGUCUCAGAACCACCACCAAAACCUCCAAAACAUGUUUCAAAGUUCUCAAGCAGUGUAAAAACUGGUUACAAGAAAGAUAAACAGAUGAACAAAACGAUGGGUCCAGCUGAAGUAAAUGUCAAUGAGCCAAAAAGUUUUUUGAAGAAGCAUGAAAAGGAACCAAGGUUGCCAGACAAGUCAUCUUUUAAUUACCCCGAUGAGGAAAGGAGAAAGCCCGCUGUACCAAAACAUACAGAGAAGCCUGUCAUGGGGUUGAAAUCAAACAGAAAUUUUAUCACAAACAAUGCAGUAGAUAACAUUAUGUCUGUACCCAAAAAACCAGUGGCAACUUUUGUAGACACAAGAGAUGGAAAAAAGCAUGAGCUUGAACCAUCUGGUCUUGUUCCAAAAUACAUAAAGAAAAAAGAGUAUGGAAAGACACCUACCUAUUUGGCCAAACGUAAAGAAGAUAUAGAGCAAGCACAAAGAGAUUAUGAUGAAUAUAUCAAGGAAAGUAUGAAAAGAGGUGCCAUGGAUUGCAUAUCAGAUUCUGAAAGGCAGGCAAUCAUAGAUGGCUUGAAGCGAAAUUGGGAAGAAAUUCAUCAUCAGUACCAGGGCUUGUCAGUUGUAACUGAUACAGCUCCAAAGAAAAACAGAAAAGAGAGAAUGGAAGCAGAGAUGAAUCAACUAGAGAGAGAUAUUGAACUAUUAGAAAAGCAUUCAAACAUCUACAUUGCUUCCAAUCAGUUUGGUCUAGGGUUUGGUGGUUACUAAAAAUAUAUUCUCAAAAUCUCUUAAACAUAUUCAUCCUCAAUAAGUCUUUGUACAAAUCUGUUUCUAUUGUUUUCUGUAAAUAGCUUCUUGUUUAUUAAAUUGGUUUUAAAAAGAAA